UUUUGAAAGAGAAGGAAAAGGAAUAUUCACAAUUCCCUGAAUAUUUUGCUAAUUCAUGGGUUUUUUCGUCUCCUGAGGAGGAAUAUAUGCAGGAGGAAGAGUAAUCUUGUCUUAGAGGUACAGUUCACAAAACAAAACUGCCCUUUGGAUUAUCUAGGAAAAUGAAGGGCAAUACAAAGUAUACAAGUUAACACUUUUACUUUGGUUUUAAGUAUUUAGUGUCAGCCUCUCAUGCCUUUCACCUAUGGUAUGUGAACACCACCAUUAUAUUUUUAUAGACUUAGAAACCUGACAUGUAUAUAUGCAUGUAUGUAUAUAUACACAGCUAUUUAUAAAUAUGCAUCUUGUAGCGUCAUUUGCUGCUACUCUCAGCAAAUGGGAAUGGGCACAUUAGCCAUAGGUAGAAUAAUACCUUUCUCAGCAACAGCCUUUCCCUGUUUUUAAGUGGCAAAAUGUGACUUGUAGCUGAUUAUUUGCAGUUCUGCUGGAAGUAAGCAAACUGCUGCUCUGUUAGAACUUGCAGCCUUCUUUCCAAUUCUCUUGUUUUGCAGUUUCUUAAAAAAAAAAAAAAAAAAAAAUUGGCACAUUUCCAAGUAAUAGCACUGGGAUUUGUUGUCUGUGUGAAUCCAUCUUACAGCUUAUUCAGAUAAAACUACUGUACUUCUGUUCUCUGUGUAGGCUCAUGAGUAGGCUACUCAUGCAGUGGUUGCUUCUUCAAUUUUUUUUCUAAUAAGUAACAGUUACAUUUUCCUUAGGCCAGGAAAAUGGAAUUUUCUAGAAAACUAGGUAGAUUUGGCGGGGUAGGGGGUUAAUAGCAAGUUUAGUACUCUUGCAGAAGACACAAGAGUGACUGUACUGGGUCAGAUCGAAGGUCUGUGUAGCCCAGUAUUGUGUCUCUGGCAGGGGCCAAAAGUGAAUGCCUAGGGAGGAAUACAAGGACAAGGCAUGUAGUGGUUGUUCCCUUGAGUGCCUUUUGAGCCGCCAAAUAUGUGCUACUCAAACUUCUUGAACGAUGAUUGUACUUUAAACAUAGAAAAUUGUAAUUAUCCGAAGCUUUUGGAUAAACAGGAUACUUGUGAGAGCAGGAUUCCUUUCUCUGCUGACCCAAAUAACAGAACAUAUUCAGUAAAUUCCAAAGAUCUUUUCUCAGGAAAACACCAAGUUAUUUAUUUAUCUUUUUUUUUUUAGGAAUUGUGAAGGAAUUACUUUUUUUAAAUUAACAAAAAUAAUAAUCUGAAUUAGGAAGAGCAACUUCAGUAGUUUAAAGAGAAACACCAUUUGGUUGAUUAAUUUCCCAAAUCCUCAAUAUGAAGGGGAAGCUAGGCCAAGACAGGUCAUCUCUGGGGACAGAUGAAAUAAUAAGCUGCUUUCUAUUUCAGGAAGUUCAGGAAGAGAUGUGACAGCUGUGGGAGACAUCAUCUACCUGAUACUCUGAAGAAGCAGCAGAAUUUUUGUUAACCUCUUCAAUUUGCACCUCUUGGAAAAAACUGAUUCUGUUCUAAAUGCUUCUUUGGGUAUGUCUUUUAUUAACACAGUUAUGAUCUCUGUCUACAGUUGGACAAAUUGGAGGGUAGCCUUUGAAGCUUAAGGAAGUGGUAUGCUAUAGGAGGUAUCUGUACUUCUCUUCCUUUCUGGAAAGAAUGUAUUGUGUUAGAAGUAUUUCUAAGUGUCAUUAGCUCUUUUGACAGAUCUGGUUGGGUAAUACUUUUGCCUUUCUCUGAUUUGUGAACUUCAAAAAUUACUUGGUCAAGAAUUGUACUUUCAGUUUUCUCUUUCUGGAAGUAAAGGCAAGAGGAAGCUAUUCAUGAUUCUCAUUCUGGACUAAAAUUCACACCUAACUUGUCCUCUCUCUUCUCAAUCUGCAAAAAUCACAAGCUUGAAAAGUGCUUGGUAUAAAUAAAGCUUAUAGUUCAUAUAAAAUCAGGAGAAAAGAGUUCACUCUAGUUUAAGUAUAUGACAAAGUAAGUGUCUGCAGAGGUUUAAUAAACCAGUCAGCCAUAAAUAGAUGGUCAGUUCUUAGCAAUAGUAAUCAGAAGAUCAGUCUUACUUGCAAGAUACUACCUAGACACAGAUAACCUCCAGAACAUAUCCAGAUUUGGCAAUUUUACCAAAGUCUUCAGAUAACAUAAUACAUCUUUAAACCAUUUAAACAUUUCCUUCUUUCUUCUAUCUGUGAUAUAAAACAGCUCCUACCACUUGACAUUAUAGACUAAAUGAUUCAGAUCUAUUGGCUCUCAGUUGUGGAAAAAAUCUGCCUGGAGGUCAGUCAUGGUUCAUACCACAAGCAGCCAUCCUUUUUUUCACUCUGCUUAACUUCAGCCUGCAUUUUUAAAUGGACACAAUAUCCCUACUUUCAGCUGUGACUGAUUAAAGGUCUGCAUCGGGUCUGAUGCAAAGUACAAGCACUUCUGUAUGCUCCGUGCAUGUGGUAGACUGUGAUAGUUAGCUGGCCCCUGUUCCGUCCAAGCAAAAAGUAAAAGGGAUGACUGCAAUUCAAACAAGGCCAGAACCGAGAAAUACUGAGAGAGAACCUAGAGGAGGCCAUUGCUGCCACUCCGACGGUAAUGCCAUACGAACACCUUCCUGCCUGCUGGAAGAGCGGCACAUUGUUCCAGGCCAGAAACUGCUACAGUAGUGUCAGAGCAGUUCUGCUGGGUCCCCAAAAGUCUCUCCUGAAAUUGCAGGACUGUUUCUUCCUCCCCCUAUUUCCUGUACACAACAAUCAGACUUCAGUAAUCAUGACUUUUCUAUUUCUUUUCUGAUUUACAAGCCCACAUGAGGUCUUUCAGAUUCAUUAUGCACGCACCAAAGCGUAUCUGGGGAUGAAUGAUGAUCCAUCUUUUUUUACUUUUUUUCCUUGUACCAAACAGUUUGGGGCUUGGGUGUUUUGAUUCCUUAGUAUUUUUAACAGAAAUGCUUUUUUCGUUUUGACAACUGUCUGAAAUAUGUUCCUUUAAGAACCUCCUACAUGGUAUGUAUUUGCAAUUUGUAAACACAAUAUGUCAAAGAAUGAUUUGAUUCAGUGGUGAGGCAGCCAGCUAUUUGCAUGUCAUGAGGUCUAAGGGAAACAAACUGACCCUGAGCCUUCCUCCAUCCAGCCAAAUUCUGAUGGGACCCUCAAAUAGCUCUGGCAAAGUGUUCUGUUUCUUUUGGACUUGAUGAAUGCUUGUUUCUGUGAAGACGUGUAAUUAUUUCUUCCUUUAUUUUGCUGCACAAGUUACCAAGAGAAGCAGCUUAAAACCAAAUAUCACGUGGAGAACCCCACCAGAAUGACCAGCAAUCACACAGACUGUCAUUACUGCCUGCAGUCUCUUCGUGGAAGAAAGUAUGCAUUAAGAGAAGAAAACGCUUAUUGUGUUACAUGUUAUGACAGCUUGUUUGCCAACCCCUGUGAAGAAUGCAAGCAACCUAUUGAGUGUGAUUCCAAGGAUCUGGCCUACAAAGGCCGCCACUGGCAUGAGGGGUGCUUCAAGUGUGCCAAAUGCAGUCGCUCGCUGGUGGAGAAACCAUUUGCUGCCAAGGACGAGGUCUUGCUGUGUACGGAAUGCUACUCUGAUGAGUAUUCAUCUAAGUGUUUCCACUGCCGGAAGACCAUUAUGCCUGGUUCCCGUAAAAUGGAAUUUAAGGGAAGUUCCUGGCAUGAAUCCUGUUUUGUUUGUCAGUAUUGCCGGCAACCAUUGGGAACAAAACCAUUGAUCACCAAAGACAAUGAGAAUUACUGCGUGCCCUGUUUUGAGAAGCAAUUUGCUCACCAUUGCUACUCUUGCAAAAAGGUAAUAACUUCUGGGGGAGUGACCUACGAUGACCAGCCUUGGCAUAAAGAAUGCUUUGUGUGUGCUGGGUGUAAAACCCAGCUGUCUGGACAAAGGUUUAUUUCCAAAGACGAGUAUCCAUAAUGUGUAGACUGUUUCAGCAAAUUGUAUGCCAAGAAGUGUGCUGCUUGCAAGAAACCUAUUACAGCUCUCGGAGGUGCCAAAUUUAUCUCAUUUGAAGAGCGCCAGUGGCAUGGGGAGUGCUUUAAAUGCGCAAAAUGCUCUGUCUCGCUGGUGGGCCAGGGAUUCCUCACUCGGCAGGAUGAUGUCCUUUGUCAUGAAUGUGGCUCUGCUUUAUAGUUCUGUGGGGAGCUGUACAGCUGCAUUAUUCUCGCUCUGUAACGAUGUACUUCAUUACUCUGCAGUAAGAAAACCAUAUAAAAGGUAUAACAGUUAUUUAGUCAUUCAAGUAACUUUCCAACAGCAGUUUAAUUCUAUCAUAGCUCUCAACUGCUUAUAAAAGAAAUUUAAACAGCCCCAUACUGGUUAAGAAAAUAAUGCAGAAAAGAUUUGUAUAUAUUUUAAAUCUAACUGCAGUGUGUUUCUCCUUGUAACACAGUGCACUCUGCUGUUAGAAGCUUAAAAAUUUACAUUUCGUCUCCCAUGAACCAAGGCAGAUGAUUGUGAAAAGUCUAUAUGGCAUAUGACUAAUGAUGAGGCAUCAGCACUGUUUCACAGAUGCAGACGUUGGUGUGGAAAGCUGGGCAUGUGCAUUUUUCUAUUGGAGCAUAAUAUUGAUGAGGACAACUUGUAAAUAUCAACUCCCUCCAUACUUUGGGCAAAAAAAGCUGCUGACAAAACAGGCAGAAAGUGGGAGGAGGGGAUACUUUUACACAGAGGGCCACCGAGUCAGAGAGGCCCAUUCCAGGACCAGAUAAAAGGAAAAAGGGUAAUUUUCCUCUCCUUACUGAGAUUGCUCCUCAGAAACAGUCUUUAGUCACCCAAAAAACUUAGUGACAGGUCCUUUCCCCAAAUUGGUUAAUUUUACUUAAUUUUUCAGGCAUAACCACUUUAGAACAUAAAUAAACCCAUAUUUUGAACUACUGUAAGAGGUAAGGAUUGCCCAAGAUUGGAUAGUGCUGAUGUACACUUUCCCAUAGCUAAUAUGCCUUAAGACUCUUGUCUCCUUUGUCUUCACUAGACCUUCAAAUACACACAUAAUAUAUAUAUUUUUAUUAGUAGACACAAGAGCCAACUCAUACUUGUUCCUUUAACCUUGUACUUUUCCUCCCCUCAAAACCUGUUUGCCAGCAAUCAAAGCACUGUUAGUGGUCUUAGCAUUUACACCCUGCUAGGUCUUUUAUUCACAGUCUAUCCCUUUUCAUGUAAAUACCUGCUUGUCUAUAGCAGGCUAUAAGCUCUUCAGAACCAAUAUCCAAAUCAUUUUGCCAUGUGCCACAUGCAUUUGCCAAUAUUAUGUCAAGAAUUGGUAAUAUUGCAAGCUAGUCAGUCCUCGCUUUUAGCACAAGGUGUUAGUUUCUAGGUUGCUGGCUUUGAGAAGGUUAUAGCUGCUUGCUGAGCUUCAGCACUCAAGUGUCUAUUACUAAAGGUCAUCUAGAGCUGAGUUACAAGCACUUCUCUUCUUCCUUCUUCCAUACUGUAAGUUACAGUGGCCUGAUUCACGUUUCAGUGUCUGUACUGGGCCAUUGUGAAUGGUGCAGUGAUAUUAAGAAUGUCAGAUCCUGCACUGCUCAGCACUAUGUAGUCUUCAUCUCGCAGGUCUUUAAGUAAGUCAUACAUUCUCCUUUAGACUCUGACCUUAAGUGCAUAGAGUUAUUUGGUUGACUUCAGUGGGCUUUAUUCAUACUGAAGACAGCCAUUACUUGUGGUAGAAAAGUGGAAAAAAAAAAAAAAAAAAAGAAAAAAAAAAAAAGAAUAUGUGUGCAUAGCUAAGCCAGAGCUGAACUGCAGUGGCAUAAAAUCAAUAUGGAUAAUGACUGACCAACAAGUACAUAGCGGUCUGUUUUCCAGUCAAUAAAAUAUUGAUCUUUUGCUCUACAUGGUGUUCGUUUUUGGUUUUCAGUUUCUUCUUUCAUGGCAGCUUUUAUUGCAGUCUAGAGUUUGAUUACUUUAUGCCUUUUCAUUUUAUCCCAGCUGCUUCCUAUUCUAUUUUCACAUUUCACAUAGCUGAUACAGGUUUUUUGUAAGACUUGGAUUCCAAUAAAUAGAAAUAUGUUUCAUUGCCUUAAAUAUAUGUAUACACACACAUAUAGCGGUUCACAGUUAUGUAUGAUGCUCUAAAAAUGAGUUAUCAGAAAUUAGCGCAUUA